GUAUUGUAUCAAUGCGCUCGAUAUAAACAGACGGUCACUACGUUGCUCCGGUUCGAUUUCAGACCUUCAGUGUGUUGCGGCGUCGAUGCUGGGCGGGCAGAGCUCGUUUCGCAGCGAUUGUACGCUGUACGUUGGGGCGCACCGGCGGUGUGUUCGCGCGAACUGGUUGCUGCGCGGAAGGAGCUGGCCGAGUGUGAGGCGGUGCUGCGCCGUUUCAGAGCGAGACGGAGCAACGGAAAAAAAAAAGCUGGUGAUCGGCUCGAGGCCUGGGGGGGCCGCGACACCGAAUAUCGCGUGAGGCCGGGGCGCCGUGACACCAAGGUCGGUACGAGGCCGGGGCGCCGCGACGCUGAGUACAGCGCGAGGCCGGGGCGCCGCGACACGGAGUACAGCGCGAGGCCGGGGCGCCGCGACACGGAACCGCCAGUAACCGUCGCCCGAGGCCGGGCCGCUAUCGCACUGAGUCCCCCGGCAGGCAACACCAUGAACCCGGCGGUGGAGUUCAUCCCCCCGCCCGAGUGCCCGGUCUUCGAACCCACUCCGGAGGAGUUCGCCGACCCCUUCAGUUUCAUCAGCAAGAUCCGGCCCAUCGCCGAGAAAACUGGCAUCUGCAAAGUCCGUCCGCCACAGAAUUGGCAGCCGCCCUUUGCUUGUGACGUUGAUAAACUGCACUUCACCCCACGAAUUCAGAGACUGAAUGAACUUGAGGCUCAGACCAGAGUAAAACUCAAUUUUCUUGACCAGAUAGCAAAAUUCUGGGAGCUACAGGGCUCAACAUUAAAAAUUCCACAUGUGGAAAGGAAGAUCUUGGAUUUGUUUUUACUCAACAAGCUUGUUGCAGAAGAAGGUGGAUUUGAAAUAGUUUGUAAGGAACGGCGAUGGUCUAAGAUCGCGCACAAGAUGGCAUAUCCACCUGGAAAAGCAUUGGGCUCACUUCUUCGAUCGCACUACGAGCGUAUACUGUAUCCAUAUAAUCUUUUUCAGUCUGGAGCCAGUCUUCUGUGUGUCCAGAAACCAAGUCUGAUCAAUGAUGAGAAAGACCAAGAGUACAAGCCACAUGAUAUUGUUCAGCGACAAUCUCUGCACUCUUCAGAAAUGAGCAUGCCAGCCCGACGAGCGAAACGCAUGAGAUCAGAGGUGGGAUGCGUAAAGACAGAGGCGAGUGACAUUAUGGAGGUUCACGCUCAUGACUUACGACCCAAAACCAGGAGUGGAUCAAUGAAAUGUGAAAGUGAGAAGUACAAUAUGCAUGGAAUGAAGAAAGAGGGAAGUGAGAAUCGUCCUACUGAUUCAGAGCGAGCCAGGCCACUCAGAAACAACAGGAAUAUGACCACCUCAAAUAUUGUGGACCUGUAUGUUUGCCUGAUCUGUGGACAAGGCAAUGAAGAGGAUCGACUUCUGCUCUGUGAUGGCUGUGAUGACAGUUACCACACCUUCUGCUUAAUUCCACCCCUACAAGAUGUUCCUAAAGGUGAUUGGAGGUGUCCAAAGUGUCUUGCUCAGGAGUGUAGCAAGCCUCAAGAAGCUUUUGGUUUUGAACAAGCUCCUAGGGACUACACACUUCGUGCAUUUGGAGAAAUGGCAGAUGCCUUUAAAUCAGACUACUUCAAUAUGCCAGUUCAUAUGGUUCCAACUGAACUGGUGGAAAAGGAAUUCUGGCGCUUGGUUAGUACCAUUGAAGAAGAUGUUACUGUAGAAUAUGGAGCUGACAUUGCUUCAAAAGAAUUUGGUAGUGGCUUCCCCAUCAAAAAUGGCAAAAUUAAACUGCGACCUGAUGAACAGGAGUACUUUGAUUCAGGAUGGAAUUUAAACAAUAUGCCUGUUCUGGAACCAUCAGUUUUGACGCACGUUAGUGCAGAUAUCUGUGGAAUGAAAUUACCAUGGCUCUACGUAGGGAUGUGCUUCUCCUCCUUCUGCUGGCACAUUGAAGAUCACUGGAGCUACUCUAUAAACUACCUGCACUGGGGAGAACCUAAGACAUGGUAUGGAGCACCAGCAUACGUGGCAGAACAGCUGGAGAAUGUUAUGAAGAGACUGGCGCCUGAGCUGUUUGAAUCCCAGCCUGACCUUCUGCAUCAGCUGGUCACCAUCAUGAACCCUAACACUCUGAUGGCUCACGGAGUGCCAGUUUAUAGAACUAACCAGUGUGCAGGAGAGUUUGUCAUCACGUUCCCCAGAGCCUAUCACAGUGGUUUUAACCAGGGCUUCAACUUUGCUGAAGCUGUGAAUUUCUGCACGAUGGACUGGCUACCAAUGGGCCGACAGUGUGUGGAACAUUAUCGUCUUCUGAAUCGUUACUGUGUUUUCUCUCACGAUGAAAUGAUUUGUAAGAUGGCAUCCAAGUCUAAGGAUCUGGAUGUAGCUUUAGCAUCUGCUGUCUAUAAGGAUAUGAUCAUUAUGAUAGAGGAAGAGAAGAAAUUGCGGGAAGCUGUUCGCAAAAUGGGAGUAAUUGAAUCUGUGCGAGAGAACUUCGAGCUAUUGCCUGAUGAUGAGCGACAGUGUGCAAAGUGCAAGACUACGUGUUUCUUGUCUGCAAUCUCGUGCAUUUGUAAAUCCAAUCAACUGGUUUGUCUGUACCAUGCUAAAGAACUUUGUUCAUGUCCACCACACAGAUGUCAUCUAAGGUAUCGCUAUGCUUUGGAUGAUCUCUAUCCGAUUCUAAGUGCAUUGAAAUUGCAUGUAGCAACGUAUGAUGAAUGGUCUUCCAAAGUGACUGACGCCCUGGAAGCGAAAGAUAAUGAAAAGAAGAGCCUCUCUGAUUUCAAAUCAAUGGUAGAGGAAGCAGAGAAGAAAAAGUUUCCAGAAAAUGAUUUGUUGAAACAGCUGAGGGAAGCUAUUGUAGAAGCAGAAAAGUGUGCCUCUGUUGCCCAGCAACUACUUAAUAACAAACGACAAACCAGAUAUCGUUCUGGUGGUGGGAAAUCCCAAAACCGACUGACUGCUGCAGAGCUUCAAGCAUUUGUCAAACAACUGUAUGCUCUACCCUGCGUCAUUGAUCAGGCUCCUUUACUGAAGGACCUUUUACAUUCUGUAGAAGAUUUUCAGCAGCGCUCUGAGAAGGCUGUUUCUGAUGAAAGACCCAAUACUUCUGAGCUACAGCAACUAAUGGAUCUCAGUUUUGGAUUUGACAUAGAAUUACCACAGCUGCAGCAUCUUCGAGAACGUUUAGAGCAAGCACGGUGGCUAGAUGAAGUGCAGUUGGCUCAUGCUACGUCUGAUUCAUUCAGUUUGGAUGAAAUGAGACGGCUGAUUGACUCUGGUGUAGGUUUGGUGCCUCAUCAAGCUGUAGAGAGGGCCAUGGCUCAGCUGCAGGAACUCCUCACGGUCUCUGAACAGUUGGAAGAGAAAGCUCACAAUUUGCUGAAGACCAGACCUCCGCACUCCCUGACAAACCUAUUGGCUGCCUUGGAAGAAGGGGGAGCUAUUCCUGCGUAUUUGCCUAAUGUCCUUGUUCUGAAGGAAGCUGUACAGAAGGCUCGAAGCUGGCUUGAAGAAGUGGAGAUUUUUCAGAGUUCUGAUGAGCACCCUCCAGUGGAAACAUUGGUAGAACUUGUCACACGUGGCCGUGCAAUCCCAGUACGUUUGGAUCCACUUCCUCAACUUGAGUCCCUUCUUGCAGAUGUUGAGAGCUGGAGAGAGUGUGCAGCUAAAACUUUUCUAAGAAAGAACUCCACUUGUUCCCUUUAUGAGGUACUGUGUCCCAGGUCAGACAUUUGUGCAACUGGGUUGAAAAAGAAAACUAAGAAAUCAAAAGAAAGUUCACAGAAUGGAAAAGGGAAAGUUCCAAAACUACAAAGUGUGGCAUCGUUCCAUGAAGCCAGACUAAAGGAAAUGGAGUCAUUCCGCUCCCUCCAAACAGCAAAUUCCAUGAAAUUUCUCUCUGAUAUGGACUGUAUGGAAACAAAGGUCUGUGUUUGUCAGAAGGCUGCAACUGGCUCCAUGCUGCAGUGUGAGCUUUGCAAAGACUGGUUCCAUAGCAGCUGUGUCUCAAUGGUGAAUACUCACCAUGGGGAGCUACCCUGGCUCUGCCCACUUUGUCAGCGAUCAGAAAAACCAUCAUUUGAGCAAAUCCUCCCAUUACUCACGACAGUACAAAAGAUUCCUGUCAGACUGCCAGAAGGUGAAGCACUAAAUUAUGUUUUUGAACGAGCUAUGAACUGGCAACAUCGGACAGAGCAGCUUCUUAGCAGAGAUGAACUGCGCUUGGCCCAAAUAACAUCACAAGUAGCAAUCCAGGCAUGGCAGGGAAUGACAAAACAAAUGGCUGCCACUGAACUAGAGAAACGAGUGGCUGAAGGUAACUUGCAGGUGAAUUCUGGCAAUGAGAGUGAGCUUAUUACUGCAGUUUGUAAUACCAAUCCAUUUGAAAAGGAGAAGAUUGUAAGAUACAGACCUCCAUGGCAGACCUGCAUUCCAGCUCAAGGUUUGUACUUGGGUUAUAUUCUCACAUGUUAACACAUCUUGCUGGCA